AUGGCCAUGCCUAUCUGUGAAAAAAAUGAUACUAUCAUUGACAUUAAACAACCCAGGGAGCCUAACUGGGGCCCCAAGUGUUGCAUCUACAGGGUCCCCAAAAGACUUCGUAAUGUAAAUAAAAAAGCCUACACUCCAAAGUUAAUUUCAAUAGGCCCUGUUCAUCGCAACAAUGACGAACUAAAGAACAUGCAAGGGCUGAAAGAAAAUUAUUUAGAGGUGUUCUUUUGUCUGACUGGCAAAUCCCGGGAGGAUUUUGAAUACAUCAUUAAAAAAAAUGAAGAUGAGAUCCGCCAUUGUUAUGCAGUAGAGAUUUCUCAACCCAAAGAUUUCGUGAAUAUGAUUCUAUUGGAUUCCAUCUUUAUCAUUGAUCAUGAGCUCUUCUUGAGGAAUGAGGAUCAAAAAGAUGAAAAGGAUUAUAUUUUAAGUAAACAAUGCCUAAAGGAUGGCAUAAUGCAAGACUUGAUAUUACUUGAGAAUCAGCUUCCAUUUUUUAUUCUCGACUGCUUAUAUGAUCAAUGUGGGAUUACAGGCUUUCAUAAAUGCUUUCUUACGCUUGCCUGUAAUUACUUUUUUGAUCGCAAGAAAUUGCCCACUGACAAGGAAUUAUCCACUGAUGAGAUGAAAGGCGUAAAACAUUUCACUGAUUUGUACAGACAUUUCUACCAUCCACCCAAACAUGGAAUUGGAGAUCAAAAUACUGAUCAGCAACCACAUAGUGCAACAAAGCUGGACAACGCAGGACUGAUAUUCGAGAAGUGGGAACCUAAUGAUCAGAAGCAGAAGAAAUAUUCAUUUGAAGAAAAAGGAUGUUUACUAGACAUACAAUCCAAGGAUAACUCGGACUGUUGUCCGAGCAUCAAUUGCUUAUGUCCCACACGUUUUCAAAUUCGCUUGGUAAUCCCAGAGUUUGUGGUACAUGACCGAAUUGAAGAAAUUUUCCGAAACCUCAUGGCCCUAGAGCAGUGUCAUUAUCCAGAUGAAGCUUACAUAUGCAAUUAUAUCAAACUAUUGGAUUUUCUUAUCAACAGAGAGGAAGAUGUGGAGUUGCUUGUUGACAAAAAGAUUAUUGUUAACUCAUUGGGCAGCAACCAUGCAGUUGCCAAAAUGAUUAACCACCUUUGCCGUGAAAUUGUGGGAACAAAAUCCUAUUACAGUAAAGUCACUGAAAAACUUGAUAAGUACUACAAUAGCAGUUGGAACAAAAAUAUGGCAUCCUUGAGAAAGGUAUAUUUCCGGGAUAUUUGGAGAAGCACGGCAACUGUUGUUGGGUUCGUGGUCCUGCUCAUCACUAUCUUGAAUUUCCUUAGGCCUUUUGUGUUCACGAAUACCUAA